CAGCAUUCCAUCGUGGUCCAGACAGCAAAGAAGCCAAUAACCUUCAUCUUUUCUCCUUUAAUCAUUCAUUUAAUCCCCCUAACAAAUCAUCAAAUCUUCCAUCAACAUCUUCAUAAAUUUCCCAUCUCCGAUCAUUCAUCAGAUUUUGCUAAAAUCCCAAAGUACAAUUUCUCACCACGAUCUAAACCCCAAAGAAUCGAUAUUUGUCAUAAAGGUGAAAGAGAAGGAAGAUGGGGGCACUAAUGUCAAGAUUAUGGUUCUUGAUGUUCCCUGCAAAGGAAUACAAGAUUGUUGUGGUUGGACUUGAUAAUGCUGGCAAGACUACCACCCUUUAUAAAUUGCAUCUUGGUGAAGUUGUCACUACUCAUCCUACCAUUGGUAGUAAUGUUGAGGAGCUUGUUUAUAAGAAUAUUCGAUUCGAGGUAUGGGAUCUUGGUGGGCAAGAUAGACUACGGACAUCAUGGGCAACAUAUUACCGUGGUACUCAUGCUGUUAUUGCCGUAAUAGACAGUAGUGACAGAGCUAGGAUCUCUAUUAUGAAAGAUGAAUUAUUCAGGCUGCUGCCACAUGAUGAUCUGCAGAGUGCAGUUAUACUAGUCUAUGCAAAUAAGCAAGAUCUUAAGGAUGCUAUGACCCCUGCAGAAAUAACAGAUGCCUUGUCUCUUCACAGUAUUAAGAACCACGAUUGGCACAUUCAAGCCUGUUCAGCUCUCACUGGGGAUGGGCUCUAUGAUGGUUUAGGGUGGAUUGCCCAGAGAGUUGGUGGGAAAGCUACCAGCUAAGACUUAAACAUCUUAAGAGGCCGUACACCGUCUUUUCCAUGUUCUUUUUGUUGACCACUCAUUUUAUUUUUGUUAAUUAAACUUGUAAGUUUGUAUCAGGUUUCUGAAACAGUUGAUCAAUAUACUUAUUCUCCUAACAAUGUAUCAGUUUUGCUACUGGCAAAAAUAUACUUGAUAUUCACAUAUUAAAGAAAAUGUCUUUUGGCACAAGCACAUUGUGCAUGAUA